AUGGCGCUGCUCCAGCUGUACAGCUCCGGGCUGAUUUUCACACCACAAAAAGCAUUGAAUAGAGGGAAUUUCGUGAGAAAUCCUCCUGGUUGGUUAUCCAAAGGCCCAAAAGUGGAAGAGAAUUGGAGUCCAGAAUUGCAAACCUUGGGGGGCCUUUCUCAUUGGGUUUGGUCUGUUGCUUUUUCACAAGACGGCCAGCUUCUAGCAUCUGGCUCCGAUGACAAAACUAUCAAACUCUGGGAUCCCACCACUGGCGCCCUUAAGCAUACUCUGGUGGGCCAUUCUGAUUCAAUUCUAUCAGUCGCCUUCUCACAAGAUGGCCAGUUUCUUGCAUCUGGCUCUGAUGACGAAACUAUCAAGCUCUGGGAUCCUACCACUGGCAACCUCAAGCAUACUUUGGAAGGCCAUUCUGAUUGGGUCCGAUCAGUCGCCUUCUGGAAAGAUAGCCAGCUUCUAGCAUCUGGCUCCGAUGACAAAACUAUCAAACUCUGGGAUCCCACCACUGGCGCCCUCAAGCAUACUCUAGAGGGCCAUUCUGAUUCAAUUCUGUCAGUCGCCUUCUCGCAAGAUGGCCAGUUUCUAGCAUCCGGCUCUCACGACAAAACUAUUAAGCUCUGGGAUCCCACCACUGGCAACCUCAAGCAUACUUUGGAAGGCCAUUCUGAUUGGGUCCGAUCAGUCGCCUUCUGGAAAGAUAGCCAGCUUCUAGCAUCUGGCUCUGAUGACAAAACUACCAGGCUCUGGGAUCCCACCACUGGCGCCCUCAAGCAUACUCUAGAGGGCCAUUCUGAUUCAAUUCGGUCAGUCGCCUUCUCACAAGACGGCCAGCUUCUAGCAUCUGGCUCCGACGACGAAACUGUCAAGCUCUGGGAUCCCACCACUAGCUUCCUCAUGCAGACUCUAGAGGGCCAUUCUGAUUCAGUUUGGACAGUCGCCUUCUCACAAGAUGGCCAGCUUCUAGCAUCCGGCUCUCGUGAUAGAACUAUCAAGCUCUGGGAUCCUGCCAUUGGGGCUGUCAAGCAUACUCUGGAAGGUCAUUCUGAUUGGGUUCGGUCAGUCGCUUUCUCGCAAAAUAGCCGGUUUCUUGCAUCCGGCUCUUACGACAAAACUAUUAAGCUCUGGGAUCCCACCACUGGCAACCUCAAGCAUACUUUGGAAGGCCAUUCUGAUUGGGUCCAAUCAUUCUGGGAUCUCACCACUGGCGCCUUCAACGUACUCUGGGUGUUGGCGGUAUUAACACCAACAUUGAAUUUUCCAAGCAUCUGCCGCAGCAGAUUACCUACCUGGGAUAUUAUUCUGGGUCAAAGUGAGCUAUGGCUCCCUCCAGAUUAUCAGUCUAGCUCUUCAACAGCAGGCUGGACGCACAAAUGGCAGAGUCAUUGUAAUAAGCCUUUAACUGUAUAUUUUAUACUACGCGGAUUAUACUCUAACUCUCUCAUAUUUUCAAAUCUCGUUUCAAGACCAGGGCUAGGGAGCACGGAGCUUUAUAAAGCGCAUCAAUAUUCCUGGUACUGUAAAAGUCACACGAAGAGCUCUGGAUUUAUCCCAGUGAUUUUUCAUGUACGGUCAUUUGACCGUUCUCUACGACCAAAGACUGGCCUUUUAUCAAUCCAUAAGGAGUGCCUUACUCUAGGUUUCGAAGACUGUGUCCGGUACGGAUGA